AAGCCCGAAGAGCAAGCCAGGCGGGCGUUCUGAUUAGCGCGCUGGGACAAAGUAAAAGAAUCUUGGGAGGCUGAACGUUCCAAAGAAAGUUACAUUCCAGGGUCGGAGCAGCAGCAACGAGCGGCAGCCCGGGGGGCGCUUUCUCACGGAGGCGGUGGAUCUUCCAGCCCUUGUUGAGCGAGGGCGAAGAGGAGGCGAGAGACGGGGGGGGGUUAAACUGGGGGCCGAGAAAAUGAAUCGGAGUUUUAAUAAAUCUCAGAGUCUGCGGUAUUUUGCUUAUAGCGCGGUGGAAGUAAAAAGUAAGUUUGGUGCAGAAUUUCGAAGAUUUUCUCUGGAUCGUUUCAAGCCAGGAAAAUUUGAAGACUUCUACAAACUUAUCCUUCACAUCCACCACAUAUCCAAUAUGGAGGUAAUGAUUGGAUAUGCAGAUAUACAUGGGGAUCUUCUUCCUAUUAAUAACGAUGACAACUUCUUCAAGGCUGUUUCAAGUGCAAACCCACUGCUUAGGAUUUUUAUACAAAAACAAGAUGAGGCAGAUUACGGUAACUUUGGUUCAAACACCUUAACCAGGAAAAAGAAAGCUCUGGUGACCCUCCGGAACGACAACCUUCGCAGACGCCACGUUAACAUCAGCAUGCCUCAGGACUUUAGACCGGUGUCGUCCAUCAUUGAUGUGGACAUUCUCCCUGAAACUCAUAGGAGAGUAAGAUUGUAUCGACAUGGGUGUGAGAAGCCACUAGGAUUUUACAUCCGCGAUGGGACAAGUGUAAGAGUAACUCCUCAUGGGCUGGAAAAGGUACCUGGCAUUUUCAUCUCUCGGAUGGUUCCUGGUGGCUUAGCUGAGAGUACAGGCUUGCUAGCAGUCAACGAUGAAGUCCUGGAAGUGAAUGGCAUAGAAGUGGCAGGAAAAACUCUUGACCAGGUAACGGACAUGAUGAUUGCCAACAGCCACAAUCUCAUCAUCACCGUCAAGCCAGCAAACCAAAGGAACAAUAUUAUCAGAAGCAGUCGGAUGUCUGGGAGCUCUGGCCAGUCUACAGAUAGCGCUGCAAGUCACCACAGUUUGCCUUCUUCUCAUGUCCUGCAGAACUUCCACCCUGAUGAAAUGGAGAGCGAUGAGGACGCUGACAUUGUAAUCGAGGGCUGUCUGGAACCACAGCCCAUUCCAAAAUCACACAGCCUUCCUUCUGGUAGCCUUUCCCGAAUUAAUGGCAACAGUCUUAGCCACAGACUUCAGAGGGAUCUGGUACUCAACAACAGCUUGGGACGAGAAAGCAAUGGCAAUAUUCACAAACUGCUAAGCUCCUUAAAAACUGAUCCUCGUCAUAGUUUGGUUAUUCCCAAAGGAGGCAUCGAAGAGGAUGGAACAGUGAUAACGCUUUAGUGGAUGUUUGAGUUUGUUGUUUCUAGUCUGAAGUGCCAACUGGAACAAAUCUAUCCACAUACUGAAGAAAGAGAACCUUAAUUCUCAUGGACUUUCUGAUGUGUGAAACACGUGUUGCUUUCCAGGAAGGGUGGUUUUCAUGAUUAGACAUAAAAGUGUCGCCUAUUGCAACCCAUGGAAAAGUGUAAAUAUAAUUUCUGCUCCCAGGUUCAGAAUGAGAGAAUAGAGAACUUUUUUAAAAAAAUCCCAUGAAAAUUCUCUGGCUAGGUUACAGGAAAUACGAUUCACACAGAUAAACUACACUUCUCCUGCAUGUAUGGUGGUACACUGCAUACAUACAUGUACAUGGUUUAUAUCAGCCUUCUCCAACCUGGUAUUCUUCAGAUGUGUCAGACUACAACUCCAUCAUCCACAGCCUGAGAUGAUGGGAGUUGUAGUUCAACACAUUUGGAGGGCACCAGGUUGGGGAAGGUUAGUUUUUGCUUUGGUGAUUCAUAAAUAACAGAAAACAGAAAAUUUGGAACAGCCAUUCAUAAAUUAUGCUUUGGAGGGAAAUUAUUAUUAAAUUAGUUACAUUUUGAGAAUUGAUUUUCUAUGAAUAGAUACUGCUCCCCAGCUUGUUUACACAGAAAACUUGACUAUAUUGCACCUAAAUCUGGAAAGGGCUGCCUAAAGGAACAGCUUUCUACCUUGGCAAUAGUGUUGAAGGGAUGCUGCAUUUACUUUGAGGGGGGGUGGGGGGAGGCAGGGCGGAUAGUGAACAAAACUCUGACCAAAUGAUUUUUGUUUUAUAUUUUUUUAAAGUGGGAUAGAAAUGAAUAUUGUUGGCAUAAAUUCUUUUUUUAAAGAUCAGCUCCACCUGCUGAUCACUGGUAGUACUGUCUGAAUAAACUAUAUCUUUCUGUAUGAUCAUGUAUGUGGAAAAACAGGCAGCAUGGAGAAGGCACAUCACAAAUUCUCCUUUUAUUACUAUAAUAUUUAUUAGACAAAUAUUUCAAUUGCAGUGGCCAUUGGUUUCACUUUGAUCUUGGUAACAAUACUGAAAAGCAAAUAAAUAAUAGAAUUGCUGAGAUACAUGUUACGACUGUGUUCUAAGGCACUAUGAGAAAUUCAUCUAAAUUUGUCUUACUGUUUAGAAUUAACUUGGAUCCACAGAGUCUUUAAUGAUGAAAGCUGGUCACACUUUUUGGUACAUAUUAUUUUAUUUCCUAAUCUAGUUUUUUUUUUCCUGAGAGUCUAAAAUGCUACACUUCAGCAACAAAUUAAGGGUUUCAACAAGCAAUUUUUCUUGGAUUGUUAUAAUCAUGGUUAGCUAUAAAGUAAGUCAAUUAGGGUGCAAUCCUAUACAUGUUUAGUUGGAGGACUUUUUUCUGUCUAAAGAUGCAUAGGGCUGCAUCCUUACAGACUAUUGCAGAAAAAAGAGUUUUGCUCCCAGCUCUGCUUGUCUGUUCCAUAAAAUGCCAUAAGUUGUUAAAAUGGGUUAAUAGAAAAAAAUUGAAUAUAUUCAUGAAAUGUCUAGGAACAAAGUAUAAUUGUUUUACGAUGUAUUUUUCUACUUUUAGCUUUGUCGUUUUCUUUGUUUUUUACUGUGUAGUAUUGUGUAUUAAAGCGUUUCUAAAGGAA